GAAAACUGCCCUCGUAAAACUUGUGUUUUCUUUGCGUCGACCCAUACCACACCAAUGUUUUCAUGAUAUUCAAUUAUUGAUAUUUUUUUUCUUUUUAUCUUAAUAAAAUCCAGCUAGACAUCAAUACAAAAAUAUAAUAAUCCAAAAGUCAUGUGAGAGUCUGAUGAAAACAUCCAAAAUUUCAAUAAUUUGUAGAUCCUCUACCUAUACAUAUUAGUAUACAUCUAAGUAAAAAUUAGAUGGGACCGCGCAGUGAUGCGCAAAUUAGUGAUAUGUAAAUAAAAAAUAAUAUAUAAAUUAAUGGAUGAUAUAUAAUUAUGAUAUGCAUAUUAAUUAGGUUAAAAUUAUUUUUAAAAUUAUGAUUUAAUUUUUUUUAAGAAAUUGAUUAAGAGAAAAUGAAUUCUAAAUACCAUAUUGCUUCAAAUUAAAUAUAACCGAUGAAAUAAAAAUUUAAUGAAUUUUACCAAAAAACAGAUUUAUAAACUUAAAAAAAAAAGUUUACAUUAAAAGAAAUCUUUUAAAAUGACUAUUUUAAAAAAUGUAUUUUUUACAUGUGUUAAAAUAAACCAUAAGUUCUGUUUAGUUUGAUUUCAAAUUCUCUCUCAUAUUUUUUAAUGAAAAUCCGUUCUUCUUUUUAUCUAAUAAUUAACCAUCAAUUUUAUGGCAGUCAGCUAUAUGCAUCCAAUUUUCUUUUAGUUGCAUGUGUUUUUUUUAACGCUGGAUAAUUAUAUUAUUAUAACUAUAAUAUUAUGUGUUUAAUUUAAAUUGCGUGUACUUUCCAUGUUUGAUUUCAGUAGUGCAAUUUCAAUAUCACCAAUAAAUACAAAAUUGAAUGAAUAAAGAGUCUCUCAUCAAUAAAACUCGCGAUCACUGAAAAGAAAACCAUCCAUUGGGUCCCUUAAUGGGCCAAGGCCCACAUCUAAGGUUCGUGUCUAAAUCAUGAUACUAAAACUAAAAGUUUUCAGGACUUCAGAGUUUCGGCGCCAUUAGAGACGUUCAAAAGUUUCAUCUGAGAGCUCCAAAAUCAGAAGGGGGAGAUGUCUACAGAGAUCGCUCAUCUGCGACGGAGGUUGGUCGAGUUCACGAUUCAGUGUACCACUCAUCUCGAACUUCCUCCGAUCGUUAAAUACUCAGCACUAUCGCUCUUCUUCGAUCGGUUUCGUCCGUCUGUUGUCAGGUUCUUACAGAAGAAGAAGAAAGCAGAACACUGGCUGUUGCAACCGUUGACUGAAAGCAAUCUGCAGCUGUUUGUGUUAGUCUCCAUAUGGAUCUCGUGCAAAAUGCACUGUUCCCGAGGUUUAUCGGUUCAAAGUCUGAAAUCCUUGGGUGAUAAGAUGAUCACAGAGCAGCUCUUCACGGUUCGGGAUUUCAUGGAAGCAGAACUAGUUUUUCUGAAGCAGGUGAUGAAAUUUGAGAUUGGCACUUUAAAUAUAGCUUAUACCCUGCUUGAUGACCUUUUUAUCCAUUUCAAGGAAGUUGCAAAGGUUGGAGAACUUUUGAACUUCGAAGCAUGUAUGGAUAUGAUGGAUCUUCUUUACGAGAAGGAGGAGACGUCCGUUCUCUACCAUUCUUCCACAUCUUUGGCCGCGUCCAUUUUAGUUAGUCUCUUCUUACAUAAUAACCGUGCCUAAACAGCAGUGCGAGUUCCCUAUUCUCCCAUGGGGUAAAGCGUUCUUCUUGCUGCUAUUUCCAUCAAAAGCAUUUAUCGAUGAUAGAUUUAUAUUUAUCAAGUCAUAGGGUAUUGAACACGUUAGAAAUAAGUUAUACCAUAUAGGAUCGCUAAGGGCCAAAUGUUCACCUUUUUGACUACUCUGCAUUUCAGCAUCACGCAAAAGAAGAAUACAUUGUUGUUCCCACUUCAAGUCUUCUUCAUCUUUCCCUUUAGACCCGGACAUUGUAUGAUGUUCCUCAACUUAAUACCUGUAAUAAUUAUGAUUAUGAGCCAUCAAGGUUGACUUACUGAGCUCUGACCACCGGCCAUAUACGGUUUACUGACCAGUCAAAUCUUUGUGGCCCUUCAACUUUUUUUUGCUCAACCUAACGUAUCUCUGGUCUGGGCCUCCCAAAUAUUGUACUGGACCGUAUAGACUAUUGAUAUAGAUACAGUAAUAGUAGAAGUCACUAGUUCAAUGGUCAGCAUUUCCUUUUUCCCAUUGAAAAAACAAACCUCAUUCUCAUGGAGUUAUAGCUGUAAUACACUCACACACACACACACACACACACAAAGAAGAAAUAAGAAAAGUCUAUUUUUAAUUUAUUUCAUAGGGUCCCUCUCCAAAAUUUAUUUUUCUUCAUUUAUGGAGUCUACACCACAUUGUCUGGAAAUUUUCUUUCUCUAUAUUACCCUUUUUCAGUUUUCAUGGUAACAAACAUGAUAACUUUCAACAUACUACUAAAUUCUUGAAGAGAUGAUUUAUGUCUUAAUCUUUCACCUACUCAUUUUUUUAUAUACACAUGUACAUGUAGAUAGAUCCAUGUGGCCUGAGCCUUUACUAUAAAGUUUAAAAUGUUAGGCCUAUCUUAUUUGUAGGGACCAUUGUAGAAACUAGAAAGAAGUAGAAUGAGGUUUCUAAGGUUAGGAGAGGGUAGGCACUAGACAUGGUUUUCUUCUGCUUCUGUGUUAUCUGACUCUGUUAUGUCUCUUGCUGACUAUAGUAGAUAAGACAAUACAAAUUUAAGACUUGCAGGCAAUGAUGAUCUUAAUUAUUAUGAUUAAGGGAUAUAUAAUUCUUCAUUUCAUUAAUAUUACAGGACCCUACUUGGAUUUACCAUUUUGUUUGUUUCUGGCAGUUAAAAUGGUGACAAAUAAGGAAGAAAGGGAGGUGGUGGAGCUUGUUGGAUACAUACUUUCCCAUGUCCUUUACUCUCACCCUUCCUAACACCUUAAACCCUACAGGUACACGCAUCUCUGGUUCCUUCUUAUCUACUUCUUUUUGUUAAAACAUAUUUUUGAGCAACUGUAGAUAUAAUCAAAAUAUGUGUAUAUAUGAAGAUACAAGGACAUGUAGGGCCUAUCUAUAUACACACGUUAUAUAGUAUAUACGCAUCAUAUAGGCAAUUUCCUACUUUAAUUUUUAAUUCUCUUAUACAUCGUUACAAAAUUCCACUCACGUUUUUGGUCCAAACGUCUGACAUUUCAUUUCGUGGACUUGUAGAACUGUAAAAGAAAUGAUUAGUCGGAAUAAAACUUUAACUGAAAAAAAACUGUAAAUGAAAAGGCAAUUUAAAUUGUUAAUUAAAACAACAUUUUGAUACAGUAAUAGUCUAAUAUAACUAGAUUGAUUGGGUUCCUGGCAAAAAAAACUAGGAACAUAUGGUAAAGAAGUUUCUAUCACCCCUGUAUUUUGUAACGUUUUAUGAUAUUAAUUAGGAUAUAAAUACACGGAUAGAUCGAUCGUUAUACAUACUGAUACUACCAUGUGGAUCUAUGCUUCACAAGGCAAUGACGGUUGCGAUGCGACAUACCAGGCAUGUGAGUUACUACAUAUCCACUUCAUUCCAUAUAAAAUACUUAUUUUCACCUGCAUAAAUGUGCUAAUUUAUUAUAACUCCUAAAUGAUAUUGGUACUCUAACUCUGCAUAUUUGUCCUUACUGUACCACAUUAGAUUUUGUCUUCUCCAAAUAUCCUCGAAUAAUUAGUAGUAUCACUAACUGUUAAAUCUCACCAACAUAAAGGACAAAUAACUAAUGAUGACAAAAGAAAAGACACAAAACUGUGAAAAUAAAGGGAGAGAGAGAUUUCACUUGGCAUGUAUAGAUUUUUUUGUUUGUGAGCUUUCUCAAGAGAAUUCUAACUCCACAGUGAUAUGACACUGACGCAAAAAUGAGCUGUGUUAUAUAACUUUAGAUUAAAAUAACUAUUUGACCUUUUCGAAUUUUUGAAUUAGCGUUUAUUUUGAUUUUCAAACAACCAAUAAUUUAGGAUCGUUGGGUUGUGAAUUGGGUGUGCCACAUUGAUUAUCAUAUCCAACGACUAGAUAAGUAUAUGAUUAGAAGGAAUGAUUAGAUGCUUAAUCGUAGUGGCAUCCUAAGGGGUUUAGCACAAUAUUAUAGUGAUUUAAUACCCCUUAACAGUGUUAAGUUUCAUCAUCAAUUUUAAUAGUUUACUGCUUCUGUUUCAUGAUAUAUUUACUAUGUAUAAUAAAUCAUGUGAUUACACUAAUUAGCUACGGUUUAAGCAAAAAAAAAAACAACUAAAUAGCUACGUUUCUUUCUUUGAUAAAAACUUUUUAAAGUGAAUAGUUUCUUCAUAAUCGUAUCACGACUGUAUCCAGCACGACGUUGACUUUUCAUACUCAGUUUCUCACACAUGCGGGGUAUUAAAUUGGGAGAUAAAUAAAACGAAAAGAAGAAAAAAAUCAAAUGUUCCAGUAAGGAUUAUGAAUGUGGUUCUGUUUAAUUCAAAACGUAUUAUUGAAGAUACGUAGAUGCUAACUACUCUAAUAUACUUAAUGAUAGAAAGAAUGCGUCGUGAGUUUUUUUUAGUUUUACAUAUAUUACUCCUAUAUUUGCUAAAUGAAUAUAAUAUAUACAUACAUAUAACGCCAAGCAUUUUGAUUAGUUGGUAUGGAGAGCAAUAAUAAUGUAGGAAUGGGAUAGGGAACUAACACAAGUUGCUGAUUAGAAUUCGUAAAAGAGACUUCGACUUUUUUGAUGAAACUCGCGGAGGAGAAGAGCGGCAAUGAGUGACCACCCGUUUGAUUAGACCUGAUUAGCAUCUUUCUUGUUAUCAAUGGGGUACGUAUAAUAUCAUUAUCAUCUUCAAUUAAACAAGAGUUAAUCCAAUAGUAACCAUAAACAGUGACACCUGUCCUCUUCGUCUAUAGUGCAAUAUCUCCUAUAUAUUAAUUGAGAAUUUUUUUUUUUGUAGUUACAUGUUAUCACUAUGAAGGUUUUUAGAAUCUUUAAAGAAAUAAGUUGGUUCAUCUAGUUAUAUAAUAAAUUUUAAACUAACCAUAAAUUCAUGGUUAAUGUUCUUUACUAUUUCAUUAAAUAAAAGUUACGGAAUUUCCUAAUGUGUCUAAAGGAUAUAUGUCAAUUAGUGAUUUUGAAUAAUAAAAAUUUGAUAAAAAUUAGUGUAUCUUCUAUCAUAUUUGUUUAAUUUAAUCUAU